AACCAUAACAUAUAUUUUUGGCGACGGAAGGUAGUGGAUCAAGAUGUCAAUUUCAGCGGAAGACCUGAAAAUCAUUUUGUUGCAGCAACAGCAGCAAUUUGAAACAGCACAGCUGCGUAUGAUUGAAACCCUCACCCAAAUGUUAUCUGUGCAGCCUACGGUCGUUCAGAACAAUGGGAAGCCUUCGGCGGAUGCGAUGAUCAGUAGUGUUAAUGAGUUCAUAUUCAAUCCAGACUCAGGAUUAAUAUUCGAUGCGUGGUUCAGGCGCUAUGAAGAUAUUUUCAGGGCAGAGUUGUCAGGUCUCGAUGAUGCAACUAAAGUUCGCCUUUUGUUACGAAAACUCGGAACGGUUGAACAUGACAGAUACAUUAACUACAUUUUGCCAAACAACGCGCAUGAUUUCAGCUUUGAUGAUACAGUUGCUCGACUCACAGCGUUGUUUGGAGACCAGUCGUCUCUUUUCAAUAACCGAUACAAUUGUCUAAAGCUAUGCAAAAAGGACAAUGACAGUCUUCUUGCUCACGCGGCGAUAGUCAAACGUGAAUGCCAGAAAUUCAAACUGAAGUCCCUCACGGAAGACCAGUUCGAGUGUUUGAUACUAGUAUGCAGUCUACAGUCCCCAAAAGACGCCGAGAUACGAACGAGAAUACUUGGUAUGUUGGAACGCGACACAGAUGUUACAUUACAAAACGCCAUUGCUG